CCCCGCUUCGCCGGCACCGCCGGAGAGUGACGACGAUGAGGAGCCGCCUGCCUGGCCUUCGGAGCUGUCAUCGCUGCUGACGGCUCGUCGGCUGCAGCAACAGCAGCUGUUGCAGCAACAACAGCAGGGCCCGGGGCAGAUGUCGGGCUUGCAGCAGUUGAGUCAGACCCAAGGGUCGCUGCAGGGGCCGCCGUCGUCACCCGCAUCCCCACACACACCGCAUUCGCUGUUUGAAACGCUGCAAGCGAGCCGACCGGAAGCCGCAUCGCCGGUUUGGCUGUUCCCGGGCGUAUCACGGCCGGUCACGGGUGAAACCGUGGCGACGGCACUCGCCUGGGUUAACGACUUGCUUGCGGAUCCGGGGAAACUCGUGGCAUGGGCGCAACCCAUUUCCAGGAUUCACGAGCUAAUGGUGGAGCUGUCUUGGACACCCAAGGCUCCCGGUUGUCGCAGGGCUGCCGUAUUGCUGUGUCAGCGACUGCCGGCACGCGAGCCGACACAGUCCGAAGGCAUCCUCCCGUUCAUAACGCCCGCGGGCACCGCCGCGCCCAGCCGCGCCGUCAGCCGCGCGAUCAGUCGCAAUGUUAGCCGAGCGGCCUCUCGCCGCAUUCGUAGUCGCGCCGUGAGUCGGAAUAACACCCUGGGUCGGGCGGGUACGGCAGCGGGGACGACGUCGGGCGGUAGUGGCGCCGGCGGAGGUGGCGUGCGCGUGCCGUCGCGGCUCUCCGUGGCGGGUGUUGAGGGAGAGGAGACGCUCGGGAGGUUAAGUCCCUCGAGUCCGAUAGGCUUACGGCAGACGUCGAGUAUUACCUUGGGCGCUGAGCCGCAUGUGGCGUUUGGGGAGGCGGCGACGGGAGCGCCGGCAUCGGUGGCGGCGGCAGCUGGUACGGCAGCUGUCUCGUCGUCCUCGCCGCCGCCGUCGCCGGCUGCGUUGACGCCAGAGGCGACGUUCGGGGAGACGGCGGCGGCGGCGGUGCUCGGCGGCGGCGGCAGCGACGGCACCAUCCGGGCGCCUGAAGAGUCGGCACUGCUGCUGUCACCGGCGGCACCGGAGCACCGGCCCAGGUCCUCCCUGACCCGGUCCGGGCAGGGACGCAGCGGCGGAGCUGGCGGUGGUGGAGCAGCCGCCGCCGCCGCCGCCGGCCUUACCGGCAACAACAGCAGCACCGACGGCGUGCGUUGGUCGUACAGCGUUGCAAGCCGACGGCCGGCGGCGGAAUCCGCGGCUCAAAGCGACAGCGACCUGGAAGGUCAGCCUCGAUCGCGCACUUCGCCGCAGUCGCGCUCGAACGACGGAGUAGCACCGGGGGCUGAGGAGGAGGACGAGGAAUGGUCCACGGUGGCCGGUCCGGAGCCCCCGGAUCUGGGUUUUCCGAUCUUUGUUGUCGUACACGAGCUCCCGCCGCUGCCCACCACGUCCUUCCCGCCAGGCAGCCCCGCUGCUGCCGCCGUCAACGGUCCCAACUACCUUUUGGCUUGUCACCUCUACCAGAAGCAUUUGGAGGGGCUUAUGUACGAACAGGCGCGGGAGGAAAUGGAGCAACUACCCAUGUCGUACUUUGAGCGCCUCGCGGACAUGUAUGGCGGCUUUACUCAGGUGGUCGAGUCUCCCUCCGAAAUCGGCGCCGCCCUGGUCCUCGCCACCUCCUGUGCCGUCAGCGGCCGCUACCUGCGCCAGCUGCGUCUGGUGGCCCGUGGGUCGCUCCUCCGGGACCAGCACCCCGCCAAGCUGCCGCCCGCGCUGCCGCUCGGCGAGCCGCUGUCGUUGUUGGUUCGGCUGUCUCGCAUGCAGCCGGGAGCAGCGCUGGUGUUACAUGGGGUGUGGCCCAGCGGAAAACCGGCGCAUGUGGAGGUUUCGGUGGAUCCCAGAUCUCGUACGGCAGGGCAGCUGCUGACGGUGCUGUGCGCGCUGAGCGAGGUUUCCGAGCUCUUCAACGAGCUGCCGCCGCUCGGCAAACCGCGCAACGGCCGGGAGCACAACCCAGCUGCCAACGCCGCCCUCAUCGCCGCCCUCGCAGCAGCCGCCAGCAGCAACGCCGCCAACGGAACCAACGGACCCACGGGUCACCACGGUCACCACGGCACGCACCAUCAUCACGGACCCGGCCACCACGGCCAUCAUCAUCACGGCCGGCAGAGCCAAAGCAACUCGCAGCUGCAGCUGGUUGCGCCCGCUGCUGCGGCCUUUGCUGCGGCCUGGGCGUCAUCCAAGCAGCUGGCCGCGCGGAAGAGGGCGACGCAGCGUUCGCUGGCGUUCAACCUGGUUACGCCCUUCACGGCGAUGGCGCUGAUCUCCAUGACGCUCUCCGGCAACCGAGGCCUCAUCGUGCACACCCUGCAAACCACCACCAGCCGCCCCAGCGACUACCGACAAGGGCACUUCAUGUGGCCAGCGCCCAUCAUGGCGGUCAUGGCGGCCGCCGCCAAGGAAGCAGCAGCCGCGGCGGCACAACUGGUGGCAGCUGCUGCGGCCGCUAACGGGGCUGCCUCCGGGGCUCCGAACGAUCCCAAGCAGCCAGGGGCAACCAGCAGCGGCGGCGCGGCGGCGGCAGGGCUGGGGAGUACGACGGCCUCUGGUGCCCUGUCGACCAAGACGUCACAGCAGCUGCAGCUGACGGCGCCGCAGCAGCAGCAGCCGUACGAGUUUUCAGCUGAGCUGGCGGCGGCGAUGGCCAUGAUGGCUGGCGGAGGCGGCGGCGGAGGCGUUGCGGCGCUGACGCCGCCGGUGGUGGCGCCGCCCCCGCCGCCGCCGCCAGCAUCGUCGGCACGAGAGCGAUAUCGGCUCCAUCCGCACGGCGGGAAGGAGCAGGCCGACGCCGCUGAGCCGCCGCCGCUGCCGCCACAACCGCCGGAAGCGGCGAUUCUAGCCGCGUUGGUCCGCGCCGUCAUUUCCUCGGAAGGAGAGGGCUCGGGUUCGGAAGCAAGCGACCCUCAGCAAUUGCAACAACAACAGCAGCAGCAGCAGACACAGUUGGGGUCGCCGUUGCUGGCUGGGUCGAGGCGAGGCAGCGGCCGCGCCGGCAGCAGCCGCUCGGGGAGCGCCCGACGGCGGCGGAUGUUGUUGGAGCUGUCUGGGAUGCUGGUGGCGGUGCAGCAGGGUUCUGCUGCUAGCGCGCAGCAAGCCGCCAGUGGACGUGCGAGCUCCGCGGAGCCCCAUGACCUGCAUCCCGGCAGCAGCACAACAGCAACGGGAGCAGCAGCAGGAGCAGCAGCGGUUCCCGCGGGAGUCCUGCACCUCAACCGCACCGACGGCGCUUCCUCCACAACACCGCCGGCGGCGCCGUCGCCUCCGCCAUCGCCCGCUAUGCGUACCUCAUUCACACAGGCACCGCCGCCACCCGCCAUCCGCCCGGUGUCACGUCUGCACUCCGCACCGCUGCCACAGCACCCGCACCAACAGCACCCGCAUCCGUCGCCCGGUCGGGGCAGGGAGACCCCCACACCCCAAGUCCAGGACUCAUCGCCCCUCACAGCCUCCUCCGGCCUACCCCUACCCCCGCUGCCUCCCUUGCCACCCCAACCCUCGCUGCCCUCCUCCUCCAAACCGCUCUCCUACCAUCCCUCGCAACCAGCACCACCACUGCCGCCUUCGGGUUCCCUGCAGUCCCCGCCGUUGCCCUCCGCCCCAUCCCCUCAGCCCCCUGGUCCUCCCAGCCCGCCCCUGGAAGCCAUUAAGGCCCUGCAGGGCCCUAUCGGUCCGCCGCUAACGGCCACCUCGCUCGCGACCGCUCAUCUUCUGACGGUGAUUGGCCGCCUGUCGAUGUUGCAGCAGGCCGACGGCAGCUGGCCGGCAGUUGCUGAGGUGGAGGAGCUGGUGGUUAGCAACGGUCGACAUCUGGUGGUGCCGGUGCUAGGCGGCCCCAAGCCCGCCACCCCCGCUGAGAAGAUGGCUGCGGACGCCCGAGAGGCGCGUCUCCGGGAGAGUCUGACUCAGCUGCGCGAAACCGCACUCCGAGGUGCCGUACGAGGUCCCGCAUGGAGCACCGUACUGGCGCUUGCGCUGCUACGGGGAAAGUACGGCAGCCAUCGCAUGGCGUGGAUUCCGUUGGAGGCCAAGGCGUUUGCAUGGCUAGAGCGCAAGUGGCCCCCGCCGGCGGCUUGCGGCAUCUCCCCGCCCGCUGCCAUCAUGCGGGUGUCGGCGCUGUUGUAGACUGGGAUGGUUUCCCGCGCUGUGUUACAGACCUUACAGUGUUCAGGCGGUUUGUGGGUUAGGUGAGACAUGUGCAUGUGUGUGGGGCUGUGGUUUGCGAGUUAGUGGAUUGGUGACUUCUAUGGGUUACGAUAGCAGUCGUUGGACCCGUGGCCGCUUACGUUCUUAGCCUUCUGGACUGGCUAUGCGCAUGUGUUUUGCCUUGGCUGGCAUCUGCACCUGUUAACAAUGCUACCGAGGGGUGCGUUGAACGGUAUGUCCGUUUGUUUGGAACUUGCGAAAGUCCGCCGCGAAGGCGAUGCAGACGUUGCGGAGCCGCACGUUAGGGCAGCCGUACGGCCAUUGGUACGAACAAAUCCAUGUGGCUGGGUUGGUUUGUACGGCAGAUUGGACAGAAGGACCUUACUUUCAUGCGGAUACGCAACGUCUCGCGUAUCGUUAUACGAGAGAGAAAGAGCGAGAAGAUGGCAUUCGUGAACCUCGACAUCUAACUGUGAUUGAUGUUGAGUGCCCUAUUCUGUUGUCGUGACGAUGUGUUUUACGUAUGUUGGGUAUGUAUGUACGUUGUACGGUACACAUACGUACGGCAUUGUUUGUCUUGUGAAGAAUUGCGAAAGAAUGCGACGCGCCAGUUGUGCCUUGGCAACCGUACGAAACAUGCGCCACACUCGCCUCUGCUCUUGUGGGCGAGCAGGGAUCGUAGUGCGGAACUUGAUUGAAGGGGUAUGGCAGUAUAGCAAAGACCCAUGGGUCAUGGGGGCUCGUGGCCCGCUAUGCCCUUGGGUGUUUUAAGUUUGGGCGCACCUUUUAGCAGGGCUAGCACCGAUCUCUGACGAUCCUGGUCGUGUGGAAUGGUCCGGGGCUCCGGGCUUGGCAUCUUUGCACAGCACAUGUGUUUAGCCCUUGUUGUCGCUAGGGCAUUGUGCUGUCAUGCCCUAGCUACUUCAGUUGCCAUAUAGCAGCGUUUCCGUGACUAGCUUGUUGUCAAUGCUAAUCGCUACGAGUUUGAGGACCGGUCAACUCCGGCUUCCUGUCGCAUAGGGCUCGAAAGGACCCUUCGUGCAGCUUACCGCAAUAAGCAUCAUGUUGUUGUAACGUUGC